AGACAAGAGAGAGAGAGAGAGAGAGAGAGAGAGAGAGAGAGGGGUAAUAAUGGAAAUCACACCGUUCAGAGGACAGUGGAGGAGAAAAGCUGGGUACAACAGAAUCUCCCCAACAAACAGACGAAACGUGAAAACCGCGAGAUUCGGAACAGGCAACAGCAGCGGCGGCGGCGGCGGCGGCGGAGGAAAACGUCCAUGGCGGCUGAGAAUCGGCCGGAAACUCCGCCUGAUGAGGCUGGCGGCGGCGUCGCCCAUGAAACUGUGGUACAGAUUCAAGAACGCGUACAUGAAGAUGAUGCUCAGCCUCUCCGAGACAGCUGGCACCUCAAACUCCGGCAACGUGUUCGGCACGAAAAGAAUCCCGAAAGCUCGAGAAGCAGCUCCCAUGGCGUAUUCGAGAUCGGAGUUCGAAAACAGGCUUGUUCUCGAGAUUUAUAAAUCCAUGGUGGCUUCACUAGAACUGGGUUACAACAAAAAAUAGCAUUUUAAUUAGCUAGCUUAUCACUGUUAGUUAACCUAAUUAAUCGGAGCUUUUCUUGGUUUAAUAUGUACGGAUUAUAUUACAAAUCAUCAAGGUUAACUUUUGGGGAGAUGAAGCUUAAUGAACUGUGUUCAGGGAAAUUUAUAGUUUUUACCCCUCAAGUUUGUAAUAAUUUCACAUUUGGUCCCCGUGUUCACAAAAACAC